AUGUGGCUACUGGAGAAGCUCCGUAGUUCUGUGGAGAACAGUGGGACACAGUCCCAGCCCCCGCAGACAACAGAGGCCAUUCCUGUCUCUGUUUAUGCCAAUGUCCUCACUCCAGACAAGAUCCCUGAUUUCUUCAUCCCCCCUAAACUUAUCUGUUGUCCACCAGAGGAGUCUCUUACCUCAGAACCUCAGCUCUGCUCCACCCUGCGCCCCUCCUCCUCUGAUCAUGCCAUCUGCAGCCAGAGCCCGAGAGCUAGGAGCAGCAAGAACCCCUGCAGCCCUCGCCUCUUUUCCCGCCUGGGGGGAGACACACGCAGUCUCCAGAAGUCCGCCAACCGUCACAUCAUCCAAAUAGAGAGUGCUGAUGAGCCAGGUAUCGGAUCUGUGGACAGGGUCAGCAUUGAAGUCAACACUAAUGCAGACCCCCAGUCACAGACUGCAAUGUCUCUGCCCUAUGUCCCCAAGGCUCAGACCUCCUAUGGCUUCUCCACCCUGGUGGAGUCUCCUCACACCCGACGCAAGGAGAGCCUGUUCCACAGCGACCCCAGCAGCCCGCUCACCUCCCCAAACUCACAGAGGCGCUCCCAAGGGGGAACUUUACUGGCCCCAGCCGACCCCAACCCCUACCGCUAUUUCAGUGGUGGAGAGAGUGACACCUGCUCCUCAGCAGAGUCAUCCCCGUUUAACUCCCCUCUCCUGUCCCGCUCUGCCUCUCUCCUACGCUCUAUUACCCAGGAGACACAAGCCAAGAUGUCUCGUGCCAAGCGCUCCCUGGCGCGCCACAGUUCUCUCUCCACUGAUGAAUGCAGCUCAGCAGACAACAGCCCCAACAUGCAGCGCCGCCGCAUGCGCUGCCCUCCCUCUCCUGCCUUCCGUCCAUGUAAAGGCAGUGGCUUGAGGGGCACUGCAGCACACCUCCUGCAGCGCGAGCACACUGUCAACCUCCACAAGGGGGGGACACUGAGGCUGAGCACUCACUAUGACCCAGAGGCAGCUCGGCUGCGGGUGCGUGUGCUGGCAGCUGAGGCCCUUUAUGACAGGCAGACAGAUCCUAAAAGCAUUAACUGCUGUGUGGCACUCUACCUGAACCCUGGCAAGCAGCAGAAACAGAGGAGCACCAUCAUCAAGAAUAGCAGGAAUCCGGUAUUCAACGAGGACUUUUUUUUUGACGCACUGCCCCAGGCAAAAGUAAAGAGUCUGGCCAUGAAGAUAAAGGUAGUGAACAAAGGAACCAGUCUGAAGAGAGACGUGCUUCUAGGAGAGAGGGAGGUGCUGCUCAGUGAGCUGAUCGAAGGCCUGUAGGGAGCUCCUGUCAAGACUUCGAUGAAAACCAGCAGAUCCACAUCUCGAGGGCCCUUUCUUCUCUGGCUACCUUUCUUAUCCCCCCUCACAGACCUGAUAAAUAGUGGACAGGCGAAAGCAUGCUGAAGACAAGGGAGUUAUAUCUUGCACACUGUGUUAUGUACAUCACUGGACACAAACCCGAGGACUCUAGAAAUAAAAGUCCCAGUUUAACAAGUUGCCAUCACUAGCUUUUUUUCAGAAGUCAGUCCAGGUCAAACCAUCUCCCGUUAUUUACAUGCUUACCAGUACACUAGCAAUGUGAACAGUGGAUCUGUGGUCCAUGUUUGUGUAAUUUUUGUACUGAAUUACAAAAGGUGUUGCAUCUCUGAUGAGCAUUGUGAUGUGGCACAAUAUCAUAUCAGCUGUGAUGCAAUGAUGAUCCUGUUAAAGCUGGAGCUGUAUUUAUGAAAUAUUGCAGUAGUAUUACAUAUGAGUUUUUGCACGUUACUGUUGAAAUUAAUAAUGCCUCUGUGUACUUGAAAGAAUUUAUAAUUAGGAAUUAGAUUUUAAUUGCUAGUGGAU